AUGCAUCAGCGAAGCAUGCACAUCGCUGUGCUCCUAUCCUGCCUUUUCUUGAGCUUCACUUCGUCUGUCUCGGCAGCACUCAAGCUGCAGGAGACGAAGCAUGGAGUCAUUGGCCUCGGGAUCCCCAUGUACAAGCCCGUGUGCUGCUAUGCCUGUCACGACUCCCUGUCCUCGUUAUAUCUCAACUGCACCACUUUCUCAGACGACCACCAUUCAGGCAUGGACAUGAAAUUGAAGAAACGGAUGGAUAUGGGUGGAGAAGCAAUGGCCGACACGAGCAACGAGUGCCGCGCCGCUGAUCAGAUAUGGUUGCAGACGCUGGCAUACUGUAUCUCCAGUCGUUGUACGGAAGAGGGUGCAUCUGAAGCCCACCAAGCCCAGUGUUUUCAGACAGUCGCUGCUGGCUUGACACCUGUGCAGAGCCUUCAGUCAUCGAUUCCUAGUCAAGCGCCAACGGUCGAGCUUGCGGAUGAUGAUGAGUGGCUCAAUACCACUCAUCUUGUGAACGAAGCCAUGUAUGCUGAUAAUAGAAGGACUCUGGAUGAGUUCGCCAAGUCGGAGGAGAGGCAUACGAGAUACAGUCUGGUUGUGUGGCUUGUUACUACCGGUUCAAUAUUGAUGGUCGGAGCAUACACCUUUUACCUCGCCAGCAUCAAGCCCAAGGCCAGCAGCAGUCUCGCGAGGAAGCUCAACCAGCACCUCUUCAUGCCAUCUCUUUUUGGCUCACGCCAGCUGGAACCCUUGCCUUACAACAUCGGCUAUGUGCCCAGCCGCGUUCUUUCUCUCUUUAUCUUCAUCUAUGUCGCACUAAAUAUCAUCUUCUGCUGUGUCUCAUACAAUGUCAAAUCACCCAACACCUGGUUCUCCGAGGACCGAGACCAGCUUGUCGCCUACAUCAGUAACCGUGCAGGAGUGCUUAGCUAUGCGAACUUGGGGCUUGCAAUCGUGUUCUCAGGAAGGAACAGUGUGCUGUAUGCAAUCACUGGAUGGUCACAGACGACAUUCCUGACUAUCCACCGCUGGGUGUCCCGCGUUGCGACCGUGCAGGCCAUUUUGCAUUCUAUCAUCUACACCCUCACGUACUUCUGGUCAGGAGGCGCAGCUGCAUACUACGCCGAAGCUGCAAAGGCAUACUACUGGUGGGGCAUCAUUGCAACAGUAGCGAUGAGUGUUGCAAUCGCUGUAUCUGUGCUGCCGAUUCGCCUCCGAGCAUAUGAGUUCUUUCUCAUCACUCAUAUCGUCCUCGCUAUAUUCGCAAUCGCUGGCUGCUGGUAUCAUGUCGAAUUACGCUUCAAGAGGAGAUGGGGCUACGAAGUCUGGGUUUAUCUCGCUAUGGCGUUCUGGGGCUUUGACCGCCUCGUGAGAUUUGUGCGGGUGGCUUGGUUCAACGAGUGGAAUGGAGUGACUCCAAGCAUCGUCGAGCAGAUCCCAGGGUCUAGCUUUUUGCAAAUCACCGUAUUUCCCGGAAAGAGAUGGGUCAAUUCCAUGGGGCCUGGCAAGCACACAUUCCUGGCCUUUCCUGGGAAAUUUUGGGAGAGUCAUCCCUUCACAAUCGCUGACUGGGGCACCCUCGAUAUUAAUUCUUAUAGAGGACUCGCCCACUCCUCAGGAACAAGCUCCGGGGAAUCCUCGAGCAAUGUCUCAUUGUCUGAAAAGACACCAGAAAAAUCGGCAGACACAACAGUGCGAGAAACGGCUGUUGACAGUCACCAGUCUGACGGCGAAAGCGAGUUCUUCAUCCGGUUCCUCCUUCGCCCGCAUACAGGAAGUACUCGCUCACUCCUUCACAAACUCACUCACUCCCCGUCGCAUUCCCAGAUAAGCCACCUUCGCAUCCUGACGGAAGGGCCUUACGCAGGCCACACUCAGACGCUCCAUCCCCUACGCUACGCAGACACGAUUCUGUGUAUUACUGGGGGUAUCGGCGUUACUUAUUCGCUGAGCAUUUUGAAACAAUACAUGGAUCUGCAAGAUCCGAAGUCGUCUACGAAGAAUGACGGUUCAAAGAGCAAGGCGCUGAUGGCAAACACGAGUAGAUUCGUCUUCGCCUGGUCCGCCAGAGAGGAGGGCCUGAUUAGACAUGUCACGGAACAUAUGAUUCCUUCCACUGUAGCCAUGAACGCAAAUGUCGAGGUCAAUAUCUGGCAUACCGACGAAGCUGUGGGUAACGGCAAUGCGUCCCUGGGGCAACCCAAGGUAGAGCUAUCUUCCGUUGGUAGAGCGGGCGACAAGGGUGAGGAGAUCACAAUGACGACGGCUCCGUCGCCCUCUUCGCGCUCUGCCUCGGCUACCGCCCAGGUUCAGAGCAACAACAUUACCUCACUCACAACAGGCUCGCGCAUGGUCAUUCCAUCGGUCCUCGAAUCCGUCCUGGAGCCGUCCCGCCGUGUGGUCGUCCUCGUGUGCGCUCCUGGCGGCAUGGCCGACGAUGUGAGGAGAAGCGUAGUUGAUGCUGUUGGGCAGGGCUUUGAGGUGCAGUUGAUUGAAGAGGCUUUUGCAUGGUAG